CGUAAUUAUAUUUUCACCUUUCAUUUUAAAAAUCCAUGUGCACAAAUUUAAUUAAAAAUGGUCGGUAGCAACCAAAGACACUCGCGAAAGCGCCCGCGAUCUCAGCACACACCAGAGGCAACGACAGUGCCCAGUAGCGGAGCUGGCCAGAGCUCGCGUCAAUCGGCCAUCAGCCAGCCGCCACAGACCAGUGCUAGUGCUAGUGCUAGUGCUAGUGCUAGUGCUAGUGCUAGUGCACAGGUGCGCCAGAUACCAGGCUUUGCGUGGGACGCAGAACGUGGUCGAUACUUCCCAAUUUCCAGCCGUGCGUCAGACCGCAUGGAGCGUCAGACCGAGCAGCGCCAGACCAAGCGCGUCCACGAAAUCGCAGUAUCGCACGAGAUCCAAAAACAACAACGGCGCAAAAGCGUCUUUUCGGUGCCGUAUGCCAUGCGACAGCGCUCCACACAACAGCUUCCGGCAGGAAUUUCCUGGGCCGCGUCGCAAAGUAGCAGCAAGGACCGAAUACGUCUAAGCUACAUGCUGGCCAAUAAACACAAGGUUGAUUACUUGAAUGACCGCUCGGCAGUCACUGCGGUCAGCGCCAUCGAUAGCAGUCACAACCAUCGAUCAGUAGCGGCAGGCCACCACAAUGGAUGCGUUUCGGUAAUGCAAUUGGACGCUGGUGGUUCAGUAGAGCGGAUUCACAAGCACAUGGCGGGCAGCGAGAUAACCAGCAUCUGUCGUUUGAACGCAGGCCGCUACUUGUACACAACCAUGGGCAAUGGCGACCAAACAGGAGCGCUAACUAUCUACGACAGCCAACGUGCCAGACAACUCUACGAGCACCAGUUUGAUGAUGCUUCUGUGUUCGGUGCAAGCUGCCCCAAAAUAACGACAACAGUAAUGGACAGCCAGCAACUGGCCACAGCAGUAGGUUUGACCGGCGGAGUGUCACUCUUAUUGGCCAGUAGUGCCGGCACGCGUUGCUCGUUCAGCGUCAAAACACGGUCUGAUAUGCUGAGCACUGCGUUUGUCGAUGAACGACAUGUGUUUGCUGGCGGCGGCCGCGAUGGCAGACUGCGUCUUUUCGACUGCCGGGUCAGCAGUAAGGAGCACGAUCCGCGACGGGGACUUUUUUCGGCAGAUGGCUGCCGUCACGAUACCAGUAUUCAUGGCGUCAGCGCGCAAGGCUGGCUGCUAGCCAGCGCGAGCAUGGAUUGUCAGGUGCAAGUGUGGGAUAUUCGCAUGGGUAAGAGCCAAGGUGGAUCACAAAAGCAACCAAAAAGCAUGUUCGCCAACCUGAUCAAACUUGGCGGAGAGCGAGGCUCGCUAGCUUCGUGCAAACUGGGAUUUAGCACUAGCCAGGGCGUGGUGGCGGCCGCCAGCAGCGACAACCAGAUCCGUUUUUGGAGCAUGAGCAGUGGUGAUCUUUUGCAGGCCGUGCCACUUCCCCCUGCAGGUGGUUCGUGCAGGGCUCUUGAUCUGGACUGUAGUUUUGCUGCACUACCUGAGCUCUAUAUUUCCCAAGAAGACACGGUUUCCGUGUACAUGCAUCGCACGAAGACAAUCUAGCGCAAAGCACGGCCCAUUUGCUUGACACGAGAUUCAAUUUCGGCUGGAGAAGCUAACAGGCUUUGUGCAAGCAUUUUUCCAUGUGUUUGCUGUAGAAAAAAAGCAUUUUUUUUAGCUAAAUUGCUCUUUAGCAUGAUCAAUAAUAUUCCGAUCAAUUUCAAAAAUAAAAGAGGGACAUGAGGGCGAUUCUGAGAAACGAUUAAUAGUAGCGAGCGAUAUUUUCAAUUACCAUCACUUUCUCCAUUUGGAUGCGAACAGCGGGCCAU